AUGCAAUUUUUCCACUACAAUUACCUCGCUAAAUUUCGUAAUAUUCCAGGCAUCGUGUACAUCAUCCCCGGCCAGAAGUACCCGAAAUUGGUGAUAGACGAAAACGAGUACGCGGUGUAUUUGAAGCACGACGACAAAACCAGAUGGAGGUGCAACGACGUGAUUUACAUGCUACCGGGCGGCAGGAAACACCCUAGAAUAGCAGUGGAUGGUUUCGAGUACAUUGUUCACAGAAAAGGGCCGAAUAAAACUCGAUGGCGAUGCAUGUACGAGUUCAAAAAAUGCACCUCUUUCAUUUACACCUACGGCAACAACGUUAUCGUUAAAAACGCUCACAACCAUUCCUGCGGCAACACCGCAAAAAUAAUCAACACAGGCAUACCCAAACAAGUCACUAUUAUAAGAUGCGUCGAUCCUCAAAAAUUACAAUAAACUUUUAAUUCCUAAUCGUUUUAUUUGCUUUAAUUCUACUUUGGAACAAACAAUAACCGAUCGAUUUUCAGGUACUAUAUACUUUAUACCCGGCCGAAAGCACCCCCGUCUGAUUCUAGACAGCUACGAAUACAACAUGCACAUCAAAGAGGCCUCUAGAACCAGAUGGCGAUGCAAGAACCAAAGCAAAACGAAAUGCAGCGCCACCCUUUACACCUCCGGCAACCAAGUGGUGAUCAAGAACCACCACAAUCACCCCUCUCAACCCAUCAAGCAGCAAUCGCUGGAGAUGCCGCUUAGCGUGCAAAUAAUCAGGAAAAACAUACACCAAACAAACAUCGAUUGUACCACUUAACAUACCACUCUUUUAGUACCCUGGUGUACUUCACGAAGGGCCAAAAGCACCCGCAAUUGAUCCUCGGUAAUUACUGCUACACGAUGCACUGGAAGAACCCGAACAGGACGCGGUGGCGUUGCAGGAGGCACAACAGCCUCGGCUGCAUAAAUUUCCUCUACACCACCGGGCACACAGUAUUUGUACAAAACGACCAUAAUCACGCCUGCGAGAACAUCAACAAGGACAAUUUGAGCUCGCACCUCGUCAACGUCAUCCACAGGCAGAUUAAAAACAGGAUUUCCAGGAGGAACGUGCAGUGAAAAAUUACUUAAAGUGCAA